AUGAACGGUCUUUGGUUUGAGGACAAAAAUGCAGUUGUCGGCCUAGUAGCUGGAUUUUUAGGCGGUUUAACUCUAGGAUGGUUAUUUAGCUCCUCUAUAUUUGUUAAGAGUAGUGUCCGAGUUAUAUCGAAUGCAUCUGACACUGGAAAAGACGAACGAGAAGACGAAAAAAGUUUUGAACCUGGCUGCUCAGAUGCCGAUGAUGAAUACAAACUUGUUUUAGUUGUGAGAAAUGAUUUGAAAAUGGGUAAAGGCAAAGUUGCCGCUCAAUGUUCUCAUGCAACAUUAGGAUGUUUUCAAAAAGCAUGUGAUCAAACGCCAGAUGCUGUAGACGAGUGGUAUAUCAUGGGACAACCAAAAAUCGUAGUCAAAUGCGAGAGUGCUGAUGAACUUGAAGAACUUCGUUUACAAGCAAAACGAAAAGGUUUGGUAACUUGCUUGAUUCGAGAUGCCGGUAGAACACAAAUUGAGCCUGGAAGCAAAACAGUCUUGGGUAUUGGUCCAGCACCAUCACGUACCAUUAACGAUAUUACCAAACAUUUGAAACUUUAUUAA